AUGGCCACGAGCACUGAGAACGACGUCAUCACGUCCCUGGUCUCCACGCCCAGCCAACUGGCCCCCUCAGAACCCCACAGUACCGCCCCCGGACCCUCGGUACCUCCCGAACUUCGAGGGACCGUGGAUCCCACGACCUGGGGCGAUCUAUUCGCAUUCGAUGACCUUCCGGAGCCAACAGCCAGACAGAUCAACAGCCACGACUUCCAUAUUUGGUCCGACGCGGACUUCAAGUACGAAAAAGGACAAACCAAGGCCUUCAAGGCCAACUGCCUUGACCCCGACUUCCUCCAGGACAUCCAGGGGCUUGAUACCCCCACCAACGCAGUCCUGCAGACGGCCCUCACCAAGGCCUUCAGUACCCUCGGCCUAAGGCCCAGCUCGACUACCCACUCGUACCACCUCGCUAAGAUCUACAACGAUGAGAUGAAGUACGGCGGCGAUACCUACGAUAUGCUCGCCUCUAAGCUUGUGAUCUUCCAGGGCUGCUGCCGACGCCUCAGUAUUCCUCAGAGCCAGUACGCCACGACCUUCCCGACCAUGCUCAAGAGCCGCGCCCUGACCUACUACUACGAGCAACUCUGCGGGCAAGACUACGACUUCACUACGAUGAUCGCCCGGAUCAAGGCCCAGUUCGAAAGCCAGCAUAACGACCAGCUACGGCUUUUGGAGUGGAGUAAUACAACGCUACGUCAGAUCAUCGACGAGAGCCCAGGAAAGGCAAAGACCGAAUGCCUUGAGCUCUUAUUCACACGACUCGCCAAGAUCCAACGCGCCUUACCGACCACCUACCAAUCAGAGGAACAGCUCCGUAUGCAGGUCGUUAACGCCUGCCGGGACGUCCCUGAGUGCACCCUCUGCCUAUACAACCCGGCUCCAACCUACGAAGGCGUUCGAACCCAGCUCCGGUCGGCAGUCAGAAUUGCAGCCAGAGCCCAGAGCCAACUGUUCAAUACCUCAGGCUCUGAGGAAGCCCGGCAGUACUGGACCGACCGAACGUCAACGGCCGAGAGGCCCGCUUCGGCCAACGCGCUCGACAGGUCCAGCUCGGCGUUCUCGAGGCUGGCGGGGUCCUGGUUGGUGACGCACAGGCCCUGGUCGGAGCCGGUUGAGAAGAUGACGGGGCUGCCGUCGCUGGCUUGCACCGCCGAGAAGGCCGUCCCGGGCUGGAUGCACCGCGCCGGCAGGGCGUUGUGCAUCAGCUCCGUGUGCGCCACAACGGUGUCCGUGGGCGCUGACCAAAAGUCCGUUCAGCUUGAAGCCCGGGAUGCCCUCGCACUGAGCCCUCAGGGGCUCAACCAGGUCAUCGCCAUCUCGCAGGGGGCUGUUGACAUGUGCCUGGCCUACCAGUUCGUCCAGCCCGAGAACGCCAAUGUGAAGAAUCUCAAUAUCAAGAACGCAACGGCCGGGAUUUCGCUCACGGGAGUCAUGAACCCCCAGGCCAUGCAGCUCAGCGGCUCUUUCAACUACUACGACUUCUCGAGCGGGACGCCCACCCUAGUGCAGCUGCCAGCCAACGGCUGGGCCAUCCCGAUCCAGGUCGGCUUCGGCUCGCAGCAGCUGGCCAGCGUGCCAGCAGACGUGCAGAAAGCCGUCGACGGCCCCGGCCAGUACUCGAUCACGCAACUGAUCAUCGAAUUCACCACGGCGGGCCUGGCGCCGGCGGCCUGGGACGAGAGCACGCUGCCCGGGAUCGACACGACGCUGGGGCAGGACGCCGGCGUCAAGGGCAUGCUCGGCUCGCUCAUCGAGUCGUACCUCGAGGUGCUGCGGGGGCCGGGCAACACGACGCUGGCCAUCUCGACGAGCUCGACGCUUGAGACAGACGUGGUCUGGACGCCGGGCAGCAGCACCAUCGUGCUCAGCACGGUCGCCAGCAUCACGUACAAGAUUGUCAGCUCGGUGCGGUACUGGGGCCCGUACACGGGGUGGGCGACAGAGCCGGCCGGGACGUACAACGACGCGAUCGCGCUCAGCUGGACGACGACACUCGAACUGGCAUCCGUCAGCGACACGGGCAAGCUGGCGGUGAACCUCGCGCAGGUGACACCAAUAUGUACGAAGGUAGCUCACGAACACGGAAAGUCGGGGGACAAAUUAUACAUUACCGAGCCUUUGUCACGGUAAAGAGGCGCGCCAGUGACUUUGGGCUAAGGUAGUUAGGGAACCUUUAACGUAAAUUGGGGUAAUAUAACUCAGAGAUGAGCUGUCGGC